CCGUUUGCCUGCAAAGACAAAACUUGCCAUACAGUAAAAACUUGGGAAUUUCCUUGCGGGUCAUAUUUCACAACGUUUGUAUUCAGCAGAGGGUUAUAAGUAGGCACUAGCACUGCAGGGCACCUGUGCUGUGUUGGAAAGAGUGACUGAGUAACUCUGGAAGUCCAUGCAGGUGUAUGUCGCCAAGACCUGCGCUUUCCUGAAACAGAGGAUAUUUGCAAAGCCACUGAAAACUGCUUCCCAGGUGAUAGCUUGAAAGACCAGAACCAUAUCUAAGUCCAAGCGCAGAAAAACAACGAACAGAAGUUUCCAGGUUGAAGAAGCAAUCAGAAUGGCUUUCAAGUAUAAGAAAAACCCAUCAGGAAAUCAAAUCAUGCCUUGCCACGAAGAUGAAGUCUGCAAGCACGGCUUCUUCAUCAAAUCGCCACCUCCUCAGCUUUUCACUUCUCAGAAAUCCUGGAAAAAUCGCUAUUUCAUCCUGUGUAAAUCCAGCAAGUGCCACUACAUCCUGAAGUACCUCAAAGGCCAGCAGAUAAAGGGCUCCAUUCCAAUUGACCAGAUUAUAAGCAUAGAGACUGGCAUAAGCAAUUAUGAAAAGAUGACAGCAAUAAGGAAGAUGUUUAAAUGCCAGCCGGAAGAAGUGAUAUCCAUCAGCACAGAGAGCAGGGACUACUACCUCAUCGGCAAGGACAGGGAGCAGGCGGAGGAAUGGUACACCUUCAUAUCAUCAGUCUGCAUGGAUGCAAAAGCAGAUGGAUGCCGUCCUCAGAAUGAGGAUCUUGCCACUGAACACACGAAAAGCCGGUCAUGCUCCUUGCCGCUGUCCUUCAGUGGAGCAAACUCAGAGGGGCCUAUCAACAACAGUGAAAAUGAGGAGAAAGAUCCUUCAGACGACAAGAGGAGACCCAAUUCAGAUCCUUGCCCCCAGCGUCUGCCAAAACAUCAGCCGCCCUCCAGCUCACCAGGAGUUCUUCCUCACCUGCAGAGCAAUAUUCCACAAAAGACCCUGGAAAUUCAGCUGUCAGAUUCAGAUGAGAACACCAAAGAAGAGGAGGAGGAGGUGGAGGAGGAGAAGGAAGAGGAAUACUAUGCCACUCCAACAAGCAUUUUAGCACAGCUGACAAUGAACUCAGCAGAGCCUGAUCCCCAGCGUAACAGUCCAAUGAAGGAGGAAAAGCUUGUCAACAGGGUGUCCUACAUCUCAAUGAAACCUCAGUCCCCUGACAAGAGGUCCACGUGCAGAAGUGAUGAAUUCUUGACCCUUCCCUGGAUCCUGGAAAACAACAUAUGUCUAAGGAGCUCCGAGGAUGACCGGGACCAACCGCUUACAAAGAUCAGCACCGGUAUACAGCCAAGGCUGGAAAGGAAACCAAAUGCAUCGCCACUAUCAGUAGUUCAGCUAUCUAUACUAAUGAACCAAGUCACAGACAGGAGCCAACUGCAAGAGGUGGAUAUUUUCAUUCCUAAGGCCGACGUCAACAAUUACCUAACGCUUACUGAAGCAGCAGGACAAAUAUGCGUCUCUCACUGGAAUGGCCCUCACUACUUAGGAUGUAUAUUUCACCACGGGGAUCAUAUAAAGGCGGUAAAUGACCUGCACCCACAGAACAUGGAGGAGGUUUCCUUGUUCAUCAGCAGAUCCAUGAGAAAGAAGGUGAAACUUACUAUAUGUCGGAUCCCAGCUUCAGACAUUUUCCAUGUUAAAGGAUGUUCAUGUUCCUAAACAACAGCGCUUUUGCGAUCACACAGGAGCCUCCUCAUCCUGACCUAUGUACAGGGAGACACCUAGGGAGACAUAGGUCCAAUACAGAAGACAUCUCUGGUGCAAUGGGGAUGCUGAAGAUAAAAGGAAAUGAGUGACAGCCCCCCGAAGAACAGCAAUCCAAAGUUGCUAUAGGGUUCUUUCCUUUGGAUUGUCUCUUUGAGUAACAUCAUUGAACAUUUGUCUUUUGUGGCUAAGAUGCCUUUUCCAGUUUUGUGGAUAUAUCAGUUUUCAAGUGAGAUCUUUCAUCCCCACAUUACAAAAUUGCAGAAAAGAGGGCUCAAAGAGCCAUCCCAAAAGGUGUUUAGUGCUCCACCUGGCACUACAACACAAUGAGUAUCCUAGGUCAUUGCUGACACAAGCUUGUGCAACCUGCUCUUAAAAAACAGUGAAGGAGAUUCAACCACCCUGGGAAUCUUGCACUGGUGCUUAGCUAUCCUUAUAGCUAAGAAGUUCUUCCUUGUAUCAAACCUCAAUCUUUGCUGCAAAUUAGGGAGAUUUCUUCUUGUCCUGCCCCCAGUGGUCAUGGAGAACAAUUGGUCAUCAUCCUCUUCCCUUUCUCUUAACCGUUCCCGUUUUAGAAGACUGUUAUCAUGUAAUCUUAAUCUUCUCCCUUUAGAGACUAAAAAUAUCCAGUGCCUUCAACCUAUGUUCAAACCUUUCCUGAAAAAGGCCAUGUGCCAUUGAACUGCAGCACAAAGUACAUCCUUUUUCCAGUUAUGGAGGAAAGAAGGAGGUAGAGAUAGUGUUAAAGUAAUUUCCUGCCAUUCCAUGGAGCAAACAUUCCUAAAGGGAGACAUACAAGUAGGGAUGAUAUGAGCCAUAUAUGGUUGUCAUUGGGAAAGCCACCGCAAUGGAAUCUGCACACAUCAUUUCUGGUGAAGCAGAAAAUGAACAACGCGCUGUGCAACUCUCAGUUAUGGACUAUUAUGGCAAUAAUGUUGCUUGUAUGACAAAAAUGCACUUUUGGUAGAUUUGCCCAGCCAACGAGCAUUUGAUUGUAUUUCAGAGAACUUGAACUUUAUUUCUAUACCUUUGCAAAUAAUCAUCAAGGAGCUACCAAGUGAUUUAGCAAGUGUUGCUUGCUUUUAUGUCAGUUUGUACAUAGUUUAUACACAGAUUGUUACAUAACAGCUGAUUUUAUUUUUCAUACGGAUUGUCUUCUAAACAUAAAACAUAGAGGUGAUAUCGAUAUAAUAAGCUGCAGACGCCUGUGUCAAAUUGCUCAUGAUAAGUAAAUGUACUGCAUCCCUA